AUGGAGAGCAAUGAAGUGGUGGAGGUGGCAAAGUGUGGGUGCUGUGGCAUGAGGGAGGAGUGCACGUUGGACUACAUUGGAUGGGUGAAGGAGAGGUUUGGGGGUGUAUGGGUCUGUGGCCUCUGCCAAGAGGCAAUCAAGGAUGAGCAGGCGAGGCUUGGGGUCGGCGUCGAGGCGGCAAUGCUCGUCCACUCCAAGUUCAGAGAGACUACCGAUGUCGAUCCCACAGUCUGCAUUGCUCGAUCUCUUCUCCACUUGCUCAAGAAGGUCAUCUCUUCCACCAACACCACAGCCACCACCCCCUCUUCUCACCCUUGA